AUGUGUGUCUCUUCUCGACAAGUUAGAGCUAACAGCGGGUUGGUGCCUUCAAACGAAAACGUGACAGAAGUAUUACUGUGCGCCAAGGAUAAGAUAAUAUCACAAACUACAACCGAGUUUACAUCCUCCAGUUCUUCAGUGAAUAUUCCCAAUGAUUUCAAGCAUACAUCCACAAACGGAUUUGAUAACAAAGAAUUACUUGCAUUCCCAAACGAAUCAACUCAUACAUAUUCAUACAAUCCUCUAUCUCCCAACUCUCUGACGGUACGUCUUUCAAUUCUUAAGAGGUCCUUAGAAAUUAUAAUACGAAGUCCAGAAAUGCUUCGGGAACCAACGUCAUCAAGCAUACCGUCAAAUAAUAUUCAUAAUUCAUCAAACGAAAACAAUAAUAAUACAACUCCAUCCAUUUUUUAUCAUAAUAAUUCAGCUAGUCAUUCCAAUGAGAUCAUUAAUACCCAAAAAUCAAAUUUAGAAAAUUUGUUAGCAUUCCUCAAUGAGACAUUAGAAAACAAUACUUCAGAAAGAGCAUCUGAUUUACAUAUGAUAUCACUCUUAAACAUUAAUAAGUUAUUUUUCAACACUCCAGAUGAAAAUGAAGGUAAUGAUUCGGAAACGUCCAAAACAAUGCAUUUAAAGAGAACAUUACUCACGAGCUUGGCGGACCCAUUUUUUGAUAAUAUCAAGGAAUUGCCAUCAUCAACAUCGGAAGCUAAUCUCGAAUUUAAUCUAUCCCAAGAAUAUAAUAAAGUUCUCCACAAUUUCAAUUCAGGGAAAAACUCAGCUCCACAGGCUAUUUUUACGUGCGAUUCUUGUCACCCAUGGAAUUUCAAAGGUGCCAAUGAUUUAGCAUGCCUUACCUUUGGACUGUCCAAGAGUGCCCUAAAGGUCUUAACAUUGUUGGAUUUGAUUCAUCCAGAUAGUCGAAAUUUUGUUUUACAGAAAUUAUUGGCGAUGGAAAGUAGUAAUGACAAAUCAUUGGAUAUGGUCUUUACCGGUGAAACUGUUCCUAUUGCACAAACUGGAGGCAAUUCUAAAGAAUUAAUUUGGGCAUCAAUUUGGGCCAAGAGGAAGAACAAUUUACUGGUCUUUGUCUUUGAAAAAGUACCAUGCGACUAUGCUGAUUUAAUGCUAAGCUUGGCCGAUUUUUCUGUUGAACAUAUCGACGAUGAGGCGGGACUUUUCCACGAUGUAGAACCUCUGUCCAAUCUUGACCCAUCCAAGAAAAGUGUUAAAUUUGCCAACGAAGUCUAUAAUAUGAAGGCAAUUAGUCGUUCAUUGUCUGCAUUGAUAUCAGAUGUUAGUGCUGGCAAAAUCAUGGAAAAAGGUGACGACUUAUUACCAGUAGCCAUUCGCGUCUCGAACCAUAUUAAUAAAAUGAGAUAUUUUACGCUGAAUCAUCUUACGUAUAAUAUUCCAUGUGCAGUUUCCUCCACAAUUUUAGAAAAUGAAUUGAAAUUAAAAAUUCACAGUAUGCCCUACCAGGCAGGAUUGUUUUUUGUGGACUCUCGGUCCUUAAAAUUGAUAAGUUUCAAUAAAUCAAUUUCUAAGAACAUGUUCGGUCAUCAUUUUAGUGAUCUCGUUGAAAAAUCUGUGACCGAGAUCAUCCCAUCAUUCUCUGCUUUAUUGCAUUUUAUUUCGACAAGAUACGAUAAUCUGGAUGUUCACGAUCCGAAAAAUAAAGGUUUAAUCCUAAGUGAACAUUUUUUCAGAAAGGCACAAAGUGAGCUACAAGGUAGCCCAGAGGAUUUUUUUACAUCCGUAGGAAUUGAUGCUAUCCAUAGAGAUGGAUGUCCGCUAAAAAUUGAUAUCCAAUUACGUAUAUUGAGCUCUGAUGUCAUUGUUCUUUGGUUAACCCAGUCGAGAGAUGUACUUUUCAAAAACUAUACGACACAUCCAUCUCAAUUAUGUAUGUUGAACGAGAACGAGCUUGAAUAUAUUAAUAGUGGGACCAGUUCAGCAACCUCUUCUAAGAAGAAUUCGGAGAAGAUUUACGUUAAUGAAUUUAAAGAUAAGCUAGAUUCGUUAAGACUUAUUGAUGAACUCUCGCAAAAACUCGAAGAAUCUUCCGUUAUUCUCGAGGCAUCUGCAAAAAUUACAAAGGAAUCACCUUUAAAAAUGGCACCACAACUAUCCAAGCGAGAUACCAGUAGCUCCAUCUUAACAACUUCUGAACUUGAUGAAUUAUUGGAAGUUGAUGAUCCAGAAGUGAAAAGAAAAUUACGUUUGGCGAAACUUUUCACUGAGGAUAAAUCACAAUUUGUUAAAGACGAUAAUUUCAAACUUGAUCAAGAUUUAAUCAUUAAAAUAAUCCAAUCAUCUCCAAAGGCAACAUCAGAAAACGAUGAUGAGAUUCCCACAACACCAAUUGAUACUUUGACGACGUCUAGUGGAUUUAGUGCUUCCUUCAAUUACACUCCAUCAACAAGUAUUGGAUCUCAAAAGAGAAUAAAGAAAUUCUCUGAUUUUACUGUACUACAACAACUAGGGGAAGGUGCAUAUGGGAAAGUAAAACUUUGUAUUCACAAGGAAAAGAGAACUAUUGUUGUCAUUAAAAUGAUUUUCAAAGAAAGAAUUUUAGUGGAUACUUGGGUUAGAGAUCGUAAAUUGGGUACAAUUCCAUCUGAGAUUCAAAUUAUGGCUACCUUGAAUAAGAAACCUCAUAAGAAUAUUGUUGCUCUUCUAGAUUUUUUUGAAGAUGAAGAAUAUUAUUAUAUGGAAACUCCAGCGCAUGGUGAGACCGGUAGUAUUGAUCUUUUUGAUUUGAUUGAAUUGAAGAAAAACAUGACUGAAUACGAGGAAAAAUUAAUUUUUAAGCAGGUAGUUUCAGGUUUGAAACAUCUACACGAUCAAGGAAUUGUUCAUCGUGAUAUCAAGGAUGAAAAUGUGAUUGUUGAUUCUAAAGGACAUGUGAAGCUAAUUGAUUACGGCUCUGCGGCUUACACCAAGAGUGGACCCUUUGAUGUGUUUGUUGGUACUAUCGACUAUGCUGCUCCGGAGGUACUGGGAGGCUCUGUAUAUGACGGGAAGCCUCAAGAUAUUUGGGCCAUUGGGAUCUUAUUGUACACAAUCAUCUUUAAAGAGAAUCCGUUCUAUAACAUUGAUGAAAUUAUGGAUGGAGAAUUAAGAUUCAAUGACGCAGGUAAUACAAGUGAAGCAUGCAUCAAAUUGAUAAAGAAGAUAUUGAAUAGAUCGAUUGUGGACAGACCAUGUGUCGACGAAAUCUACAAUGACGAAUGGUUGCAAGUAUAA